AUUCGCAAUCCACCACCACUCGCCCACCUCUCAUUCCUCUCGAGCUUGCUUCCUGGCCUGGUCUGACCGGUGACCGACGAGCCUCGCCUGCUGCUGUGCUGUUACUGCUUAUUCUUUUUUGCCAUUGGGAAGAUCAAUGCAGAAGCGAAAAUAAGCUGCGUCAGCCCGGACCGUGUAUCCACCUAGAGCUGGAACUGAGGUACCGCACAACAGCUACCGCGGCUUUCCUUGGCCCCCUCCGGACUGACGUUCUUUUCUGUUCUGUUGGCCCGUCACUUGUGUGCAGCUCCCCUCCUCCUUCUCCUCCUCAUCCUCCUCCUACUACUCCUGCUCUUUCGACUGUUUCUCGCCCGCACAACUCCAACAACCGCCGCCCGUUGGUUACUCGGCUCCAAACCCCCUCCGGCUCAACUCAGGACGUGCCGCUUUCUCCAACCCCCUCCGACUACUUUGCGCCCACCAAAUCCCAUCGCGCCCAACCGCCCAUCUCGACGCCGGACUGUGCACUAAUCCCCCACAACCGCCCCGACGACGCCAAACACCAGGCGGCCGGCCGAUUGACGAUCCGUCCAUGUAAUGCCGCCGCUGGGCUUUGCGCUCUGCUCUUCUCGCCGCUGCAGCACGUCCCCGACGGCAAUAGCUUGGACGCAACUGUCUCGACCCCACACCCACUACCACUACCACCACCACCAACACCAGGCGGCAACGCGCGCAGCGCCUAAGACGACGACGACGCACGACUGCCGCCCACCCACCAACACACACAUGAGAACCUCACCUCCGCCAUCCGCCAAACACUCUCAUCGUUUACACACCCGUGAGAGUCUCUCUCUCGAAUCUCUGGCGAUUCAGCCAGCAUGGCCGCCUUCGUGAGGGUUUCCGGUCCGCCCAACAGCAGCUUUCUGGUCGGCUACCCGGGCAUCUCUGCGACCCUACCCCGCAUCGAAGGCAAAGUCGAGAUCCGUCCAUCCCAGGGCUUUUCCAUGCCCGUCGCCGUAUCGCUCGUGCGCAUAUGUCUCCAGCGAAGAGAAACCAUCCACCCUGCCGCCGAGAAUGUCGCGAAACGACACCUGGGUACUCCGAGGAGGGAGACCACCGACGUCGUCGGUAAGGAGCUGCUGUUGUUCCGGUGCCAGUCUGGAAAGGAGGCCGAGAGUGUCAUCGCAAUGGACCUGCCGUUUGUCCUGUUCAUCCCCUUUGGACGGGGCGGCGAAGAAACGAACCGACGAAUACCCCCCGCCUCGCUGCAACUCCCUAGCCGAACCGCCGAGACCUACUAUGAGCUUGUUGUCACCGUGCAGCAAGGCCACACGCUACAGAACAAAUACUCUUUCCCCAUACCGCUGCAGCGUUACGAUACCUUGUCGACGUUCGGCAUGUACAACAAACCCGAGUCGCGCCAAGUCAGCGACGCAAGUGUCGUCACGCUGGGCAUCUCGGUGCCAAAAUGGAGCUACGGCCCCCUCGACCCGAUAACUGUUUACAUCAAACUGGUGCCGAACCCCGAUUGGAUGAAGAAAGCGCUGAAGGUUACGAUCCAGAAGAUCACCGUCACCAUCGAGGAGGAGAUCACGUACAACCCCGAAGGCGACGAGCCAACGAAAAAGGUCAACAAGGUCGCGAAAAACACGCAGCUCGUGAACACAAGGAUGCCCGAGGCGGGUUAUGCUACAAACCUCGGCUUGGUGUUUCCUUCCAAGGACCUGCGUGAUCCGGACGGUAUCAUUCGGAGGGGAAAGCCCGCAUUUCCCCUCUACGAAGUUACUUCCUUCACCACGAGCUCAACAUUAUACAAGAUUGAGUUCUACCUGACCGUCAAGGCGCAACUCGGCUCCACGAAGGAUCUCACAGUUCGGCAGCCACUGGUGAUCUGCCCGAUGGAUCAGCAAGCGUGCAAGGAGGAGAUGGACGCCAUCGAACAAGCCGCCAAGGACGCCUCGCAUGUUGACCCGAACAACCCAAUGCUUCCGGCCCGGUCGAUUGUCUUGGUAAACGAUCGGGAAUCAAUGAAGACAUUGGGUUUGUGCUUGGUGGGAGGACAGAAAAAACCGUUGAUUGAGUGAACAACGCCGGUAACAUUUGAGAGAGUAAUUGUACGAAUCGGGUGGCGGUUUUCUCGGCUUCUGGCUGCGGGGUACGAGACCGACCAGCUGCCUGCAAGGGUCGGCGGUCUAUCCCGGGACGGCGGGCGAAUCCGGUCCGAUCCGGCCAGCUGGUGGCAUUCAGCCUCCAGUUCCAGCACUGGAACUGCGAAGUCCCAGCCACGACGAGCACAAGUGACCGGGCACUGCUGUCACAGUCGAAUGAGGUGACUUAACAAGGGCAGGAACGGAGCAUGAAACAAGCCUGGGAGCCUCAGGAGCAGAAGCUCCAGCCCUUUUUCUCUGACUGGGCCCCUGGGACAGGGAGCGGCGUCGAGUGAACGAUACACUCGGCGAGUGGUCUUUUUACGGUUUGCCCGCGGGGGCCUGCGCGUUGGGGCGUUUAUACAGCGCCGUUUUCAUUCGGUAGGCGGGACGGUCAUCAUCACGGCACGGCGUUGGCGGGGUCUCCGGCUGAGAGGCAAUUCAGGAGGGAGGAGACCCAACAAAUUUCGGGCUCCGUGCGGGGGCAUAUCUUUUUGGCGAGGGGGGCACAAUUGGACAAGACACUACUAUCAUAUCACGAGAUGACGAACAUUGGGGAGGAGAAGAUGGUGGUGGGUGACUGGCGUGCAUGAGUUGCCAACGAGGAGAACCAUUUGACUUGUUUUUGUUUGAUGCUGUACAUAUUCACCUACAAAUGAGGGACGUGGAGGAGAAGACAAGCAACUCGGGAGUGAGAAAAUUCUCAUCCCACCCGAUACAACUGACUUGGCCAGUUUUCGUCUU